AUGGAUUCUGACGAUGAUUUCAUGACCGAUGUGUCGAGUCGGGAGGAUGAUUUUCUGGGUACCCAGGGAAGUGAUGAUGAGAGUCUCGGUGAAGAUUUCGGAGACGACUUUGACACUGGGUUUUCCUACGAUAAAGAUCUUGUUCAGAAUAGCAAAAAGCCAUAUGAGGUGGAUUUCAAGGUGCUCAGUCCCGGCGAUAUUGAUCGCGAACAGAAUCUGCAGAUCAACGAGUCGGCUGGCAUUCUGCUGCGGUUCGCACGAUGGAAUAGAGAGAAAUUGAUCGAGUCGUAUAUGGAUAAACCAGAAGAAACGUUGGAGGAAGCCGGGCUGGGACAGAACUUUGAAGGAAAUCCCGCAACGGAGGUGGUUCCAGGGUUUAUGUGUAUGAUUUGUUGUGAGGAUGGUGACGACCUGCAGACAUAUGCUAUGCGGUGUGGGCAUCGUUUCUGUGUCGAUUGCUUUAGACAUUAUCUCGUGCAGAAGAUCAAGGAAGAAGGCGAGGCUGCUCGGAUUCAGUGCCCUCAGGACAACUGCCAUCGGAUCGUUGACUCCAAGUCGCUUGGACUACUGGUAACGGAGGAUCUUAAAGAAAGAUAUUAUGCGCUAUUAACCCGAACCUAUGUCGACGAUAAAGACAAUCUGAAAUGGUGUCCCGCGCCUAACUGCGAAUUCGCCAUUGACUGUCCUGUCAAAGCGCGGGAUCUGAACAAGAUUGUUCCCACUGUACACUGUGCGUGCAAGCAUAGUUUCUGCUUCGGAUGCGGAUUGAACGAUCACCAGCCACCGCCAUGCUCGCUAGUUAAGAUGUGGGUGAAGAAAUGCGAAGACGAUUCCGAAACGGCCAACUGGAUUUCCGCAAAUACCAAAGAAUGCCCCAAGUGCCUGUCGACGAUUGAGAAGAACGGCGGCUGCAACCACAUGACAUGCCGCAAGUGCAAGUACGAGUUCUGCUGGAUGUGCAUGGGCCUGUGGUCUGAGCACGGCACCAGCUGGUACAAUUGCAACCGCUAUACAGAAAAAUCCGGCUCGGAAGCCCGCGAUGCGCAAGCCCGGUCUCGCGCGUCUCUUGAACGCUAUCUGCAUUACUACAACCGAUACGCUAACCACGAACAGUCGGCGAAACUCGACAAGGACCUGUAUCUCAAGACAGAAAAGAAAAUGACCAGCCUACAGUCGCAGUCCGGCAUGUCGUGGAUUGAGGUGCAGUUCCUGGACACAGCGUCACAGGCGCUACAACAGUGCCGCCAAACACUGAAAUGGACCUAUGCCUUUGCUUAUUACCUCGCCCGCAAUAAUCUUACCGAGAUCUUUGAAGAUAACCAGAAGGAUCUGGAAAUGGCAGUCGAGAGUCUGAGCGAGAUGUUCGAGAAACCGGUCUCGGAACUUCCGGGUCUCAAGGUGGACAUCCUCGACAAGACAGCGUAUUGCAACAAGCGUCGGGUUAUUCUGCUGAGCGAUACUGCAGAGAAUCUCAAGCAAGGUGAAUGGGAAUUCAACGUGAAGCUCUAG